AUGGAUGAAAGAAACGACCGAUCAGUGAGUUUACCCAUUCCGCACUUUCCAAUAAAGCUUCUAUUCGAGACAGACGAGUAUGAUUUUUACAGAAUUAAGCAGAGGGAGAGGGAAGAGGGCCAUUCGAAGGGUAAGGGGGUGGGACCCACGUUAAGGGAAGGUGGGACAAGCUCUCUAGGAAGUGAUCAUGGAAGCGAAACGGAAAGUGAUAAUGAGAGGCUCUUUAUGAGCUACCUGAAAAAUAUUGCAAAAAGGGACACGUCUAACAGGCGCAACAGGGGUGGCAAAAAAAGUUGCAACGGUAACACCUGCAACAGUAGCCGUCAAAGCAGUGUUGAAAGGAGGGGGGGAAUCAAAUGUACAAAGCAAUCCUCCGGAGAGGAACCAGGGGAAGAGUCCUCCUCCCAGGUUGUCACAUUAAGUAGAAGACCCCAUGACGAUAACGAACUGGCACCAAGGCAACCGUGUCACAUUUUUGAAAAGCACCCAGAUUUACCCAUAAGUAAGGAGCUAAGACGGGAGUGGAUUUAUCACACCCCUGCGGGGGCCUUUAUUCCAAUGAAAGUUCGACUGAAUGAUUUUCAAGAAGAAUGUGAACGGGUGAAGAGACGCCUACAAGGGGGAGCACCUGACUUAGCCAACCCGGACGAUCCCAUUUCCAAAGAGAAGGAAGCCACUUUAUAUGACCCCCUCAUAGAGGCACUAAAAUCGGGCGUUCGAAGUCCCAACGUGGCAGAAAUAAUAAACCACAUCGUAAACCACAACUGUAAGAACUGGCAGCAGAAGGUAGAUUUAGAAGCACUAAGAAAAGAAGCAGAUAAUUCUAAAAAGGAGAGAGUGUUAAAUAGGACCAAAUGUUUUGUCGAAUGGUUACCCAGAACAGAAAAAAAUGCAUUUAGCAAAUAUCAGAUAAUAGCAAAGUUGAAAAGGAAGACUUUGUCGAAAACGUUUAAGCUUGUGUGCGAUUUUAACAAUUCACUACUCAAAGGGGUAUACAUAAAUCAGAAUUUAAUAAAUACCCUCUACGCGGGACAAGGAAAGAGUUACCUCCUUGGAUCUUCAAUGAAAAAUUUAAGUUCAAAAGAUACGUUCAUAAUUUCCGUCUCCUUUUAUCACCCAAUAAGGGGUAUAAAAAUAGCCGAGUAUGAAAUCCUGUCAUGGCAAACCUUGGCCGACCUGACGGACGUUUUUUUUUGUUUCGAUUCUUCGAAUUAUGGUCUGCCCCAAUUUGAAGGAUCCUUGUAUUACAUCGAUGGAGUUCUCUACCCCGAUUUGAGAUCACCCAACGCACUGGACUACUCAACGUGCAUAUUAGACUUUUACAAAAAGAAGAAAGAAAACAAUUUUAUACGACCUCCAUAUAGGGUACUACAACAUAAGGCUAUCAUGGGAGAAAUGCAAAUCCCACUGUAUCAGAAGUGCUGCUUCCUACACCAAGGGAAUUGUGAACACCGAAUUAUUUUUAACAACAUUCGACAGUAUAAUAGUUUGCGCGAUAAGGAGUUUGCUAAGUACCCCCUCAGGACCUUCAAGCCAAACAUCGCAAAGAAGUUUUGCCUAUGCUGUCAUAAAAAUUUUGCGCAAAAAAUCGUCCUCGAUUGUUAUCUCUUUAAAGAAAACCCAUCCUACAUUUGCAACUGUUGCUUUGAUUUGUUUCUCCUCGAUGGGGAAGGUAAUCCCAUCGACGCUAUUAUGAAGCACUUUGAAUACAUCGACGAGGUGUGA